AUGGGCGAACCAAACAAUACAUGUAAUAAAUUUAAAAUUGGUGAAAGAAUUCAAAGUGAUGAUGGAUAUAUUGGAACUAUUAGAUAUGAAGGAAGCGUAGAUGGAUUUGAUGGUAAUUGGUAUGGCAUAGAGUGGGACGAUCCUAAAAGAGGGAAACAUUUCGGUACAGUCAAAGGUAAACAAUAUUUUCAAUGUCAAUAUAAUGGUAGUGGUUCAUUUAUGAAACCAGAGAAAUUAGUAAAGGGUAAACAUUUUUUAGAAAUGUUAUUCAAUAAAUAUCAUCACAAAAUUGAAAACUAUGAUGAUUUAUAUGUAGAAACUACAAAACCAGAAGUUAAAAUUCCAAUUGAAAUGAUUGGUAUGAAUGAGACUAGGGAAAGACAAAAAGAUUUUAAACAACAAAAAAUAAUUUCAGCAAGCCAUUUAUUAAUUUCAGAAAUCGAUGAAUACCCAGCAAUUUUUAAUUAUUUUAAAACGGAAAUCAAAAAGAGUAAUGACAACAAUAUAGAAUUACCAUCGAAAACCAAAUCAUUAGUAUUAAAUAAUUUAUUUAUAUCGGAUUUCGCUUUUUUAUUACCAAUUUGUAAAGAAAUAUUUUCAAAUUUAGAAACAUUAGUAGUAUCAAAUAAUUCAAUUGAAAAUAUAUCUAAUAGUAGCUUGGAUGUAUUCUCAAAACUUGUAUCUUUGGAUUUGGCUCAUAAUAAAAUUAAAUCAUUUAAUGAUAUAACAGCAAUAGGAUUUUUGGAACACCUACAAGAACUAAAUUUAAACAACAAUCAAAUCGAUUCUAUUGAAUUUAGCGAUAUCAAUAAAAAUCAAGACGAUAGCACUACAACCACAAAACUAUUCAAGAAUUUGAAAAUAUUGUAUUUAUCAAAUAAUAAUAUUAGUGAUUGGAGACAUGUCGAAGAAUUAGACUAUUUACAAAAUUUAGAAGAAUUAUCAUUUAGAGAAAAUCCGAUUAUUGACUCUCUUUUAUUAGAUGCUGCAGCUAUCAAAGAUCAAAAUCAACAGGAUGAAACAAACAAUACCAAAACAGUGACCACCUCAACAGGAGUAAAAAAGAUAUCGGUCAAUAAAAACAUUUAUUUAAACAGAUUAAAUAUAAUACCCAGAAUUUCAAAAUUAACAAAACUAAAUCUAUCACAUAAGAUUAUGGAUAACUUAUUUGGGGACGAAAUUGAAGUGCCAACAUUACUUUCGAUAUGUACACAAAGAAUUAAGGAUUCAUUAGAUAAUAUAAAAGGUUUAGGAAGAAUACCAGAUAAACUUUUGAUUGUAAUUCUUGAUAAAUGCCCACCUCAACAGCUUAUUGCCAUUGAAAAUAAAAUAGGUAGAAAUGUUGACACAGAAGAGUUAUGGAAAAGACACUGUUUCAAUUUAUCACCAAACCAAAGCGUAUCCCCAGAGGAUAAUGAUGUCGAAACUUGGAGAGAAUUAUAUGUUGUCCUCGAAAGAAACUAUUUAGAUAAAGCAAGAAAAACUGGUGAUAAAUUAAGAAACACCUAUAACAAUGCUGCAAAGAAUAGACAAUCUAAACAAAUUAAAGUGUUGAGUGAAGCCGAAACACCGGUUAGAGCAAGACCAACCUAUGUCGCUAAGACUGCAACAUAUAAACAAAGUAGUGUUUCAAGCUCCAAUAAAUAUAGCAAUGGUACAUUUGUAAAUAGAGGUGAACGUACCGGUAGUAGUGGUAGCAGUGGCGGCGGUGGUGGUGGUGGUGGUUUUGGUAAUGUUUUUAAAUCAUCACCCGCUUCAAAUCAACCAAAACUAAUGGCAAAAGUUAUGAAAGAAUUCAAAAAGAAAAAAUAA